AUGUCGUAUCACAGUAACAGUAACUGUGGGGUGAAAAUGGAAUCCGAGGGUCGUCGCAAUCAAAGGGUGUGGUCAGAAUCAGUUUCAAAAUGUACGUACCAAGGACUGGACAGUAGUACGAAAUUAAAUUCUAACGUGCAGGUGUCUAAUAGAACUAUAGCAGACGUGUCUGUUCCAGGCACCUCGAGGCACGGAUUUCCUGAACCGGACAUGAAUUGUUCCGUGUCGGAAAUGAUGGGAAGCGAGGAAAGGAAGGGAGUAGUUGAGGUUUUAAACCGAGGUUCUGGAGAGUGUACUAACAAUUUAUUUAACACAACCUCGUCUUACGGUCCAGUUAGAAAAUUCAAUUCUACAAGUCGAGCGACACCUUAUUCACUCUCCGCUUGCGACUCCGGAAAUAAUUACAUCACAAAGUCUUCGUACCGGCACACGAAUGUUAAACUGCUUAAUUAA